AUGUCAAUAUACUCGAGUCCUCCUCCUGCCCGAACCUUCCACGAUGAUAAAGCGACACUGUUGGUCUGCUGGUGGUGCACCAUUUUUGCCGCGGUUAUAAUAUUAUUUCGAGUCUGCGGACGAUAUAUACGGACGGAAAAGCUUUUCAGGGAAGAUUGGUUGGCAUUUGCAUGUUUGAUACCGCUAUUUAUACGCAUGGCCUUUGUGCAUGUGAUUCUGCUAUUUGGGACGAAUAAUGCUAUCACUACUGGACUUUCAGACGAAGACAUUUGGCGCAGGUCCAUCGGGAGUCGGUUGGUGCUGGUCUCAAGGAUAUUUUAUGCGGCAACGCUGUGGAUGCUCAAACUUACCAUCAGCGAAUUCUUUAAACGACUCACUCUCAAUAUUUGGACUCGGUCACACGAAAGAGUGCUCAUGGGCAUUAGAUGGUUUCUGCUGGUGACAUUUGUUGCAGUUGUUAUUGCGGAUCUUUCCGAGUGUCAGCCGUUCGACCACUAUUGGCAAGUCACACCAGAUCCGGGGCCAAAAUGUAGGCAAGGAUACGCUCAGAUGUUGACGAUGGGGACCUCGGAUGUUAUUACCGACAUCCUUUUGGUGGCCUUUCCCAUUCCCAUCAUUAUUCGAUCCAAGAUGGGAGUCAAGAGGAAGAUUCAGCUGGUUUUCCUGUUUGCUGGAUCCCUACUCCCGGCCGGAACAACACUUUACAGGAUUCCGAACAUUCUUGACCGACAUGGGAGUCAGCAGUAUCGAUCCCUUUUGGCGUCAAUUGAGAUCUUGUUUGCUGUAGCGGUAGCGAAUGCUUUGGUUCUGGGAUCGUUCGUCCGAGAUCGAGGAGUGAAGAAACAGAGAUGGAAAUUCGGCUCGAUGAGCGACAGUAUCGAACGAACGUCGAGCAGGAGGGGAACAGCAAUACGACACUGGGGAAGUGACGAAGAUCUUGUGAGAGAUCUAGGAAUAAGUGUGGAUCCCGAACUACGAGAUCCAGAAGCAGCGACAUUUCGACCAGCACCGAUGGCCGUGGCUGGAAACGUGCCGGUAAAGGCACAUAAGAUUAUGGGAAGGGAUUGGCAAUUCCCUGGGGAGAGAAGUGAUACGAGCGACGAGAUGGAUCUGAUGAAGAUUGGAGAAGCUCAUAGUCCAGCGGAUGUUUCCUCUGUGAUCACGCCAAGAAGGGUAUCAUUCUUUGAUGUGGGAGGAUUGCUCGACGAAGAUCACCCACCACGAAGACACAGUUCGACGAAAACCAUGGAUACCGAGGGAGAGACGUCAAGUUUCGGAGGUCUCCAAUCUGUACAUUCCAAAAACGACGACGCAGGACUCUCACCCACCCCAGCCAGGAGAGGAUCAGCAGCACUACUCCAAGACGUUGGGGGUCUCCUUGGACCCAAACCUAAAAAAGCUCCGCCAUACAGGGGCUACGAGCUACAAACGAUCCACCAAGAACGCUCCUCACCUAGUCUCGGGCCUCGAAUCUCUCGUCAACAAACGACACAUUCUCUGCAAGACGUGGGAGGACUACUCUCCAAAUAA